AUGGCAAUGUCCUCGUGUUGGAUGCAAAGCAAAAUAAUAAACGUCUCUUCCAUUCUCUCUUUUUUCCUCUUAGCUACAUUGGUCUCAUCUUCCCCAUUCAUAUCCGAUGACAUAUUUGAGUAUAGUGCAACCAAUGGCCGUGUCCUCCUUCAAGCUAAGAAAGCUUGUUCAGUUGAUUUUGAGAACCAAAACUAUACAAUCUUAACAAGUCAAUGUAAAGGACCACAAUACCCUCCAAAAGUUUGUUGUGAUGCAUUCAAACAAUUUGCUUGUCCAUUUUCUGAACAAAUCAAUGACAUGACAACUGAUUGUGCUACAGUUAUGUUUAGUUACAUAAAUAUUUAUGGAAAAUAUCCACCUGGAUUAUUUGCUAAUGAAUGCAAAGAAGGGAAAGAAGGUCUUGAUUGUUCUAAUGUUACGAUAACAAAUAGUUCUAAUCCUUCUAGUAGUGUUCAUGUGGCUGUUCCUCAUUCUAUGUUGCUAGUUUCAAUUGUUGGUUUCUUUGGAUUUAUUUUCCAUUUGUUCUAA